AUGGCGGCGGUAGCGGCUGCGAAACCGGCCUCUCGGCGCGUGGGCUUCGUGGGCGCGGGCCGCAUGGCGGAGGCCAUCGCGCAGGGCCUCAUCCGAGCAGGGAAAGUGGAAGCCCAGCAGGUGCUGGCCAGUGCACCGACCGACAGGAACCUCUGUCGCUUCCGGGCUCUGGGCUGCCAGACCACCCACUCCAACCAGGAGGUGCUGCAGGGCUGCUCACUGGUCUUCCUCGCCACCAAGCCCCACGUCUUGCCCGCUGUCCUGGCAGAGGUGGCCCCAGUGGUCACCCCUGAGCACAUCCUGGUGUCUGUGGCUGCCGGGGUCUCUCUGAGCUCCCUGGAGGAGCUGCUUCCUCCGAACACACGGGUGCUGCGGGUCUCCCCCAACCUGCCCUGCGUGGUCCAGGAGGGGGCCAUGGCGCUGGCCCGGGGCCGCCACGCGGGGAGCGGCGAGGUGGAGCUCCUGCGGACGCUGCUGGAGGCCUGCGGGCAGUGCGAGGAGGUGCCUGAGGCCCAGGUGGACAUACACACGGGCCUCAGCGGCAGUGGCGUGGCCUUCGCGUGCCUGUUCUCUGAGGCCCUGGCUGAAGGCGCCGUCAAGAUGGGCAUGCCCAGUGGCCUGGCUCACCGCAUCGCCGCCCAGACCCUGAUGGGGACAGCCAGGAUGCUGCUGCAGAAGGGGCAGCACCCAGCCCUGCUGCGAGCGGACGUGUGCACGCCGGGCGGCACCACCAUCCACGGGCUGCACGCCCUGGAGCAGGGCGGGCUGCGGGCAGCCACCAUGAGCGCCGUGGAGGCCGCCACCUGCCGGGCCAAGGAGCUCAGCAGGAAGUAG